AUGAACUUUCUGACAUCGAACGAAAGAUACAACCUUGAGCAACCGAAAGCGGAAAUCUCGGCGACUCUGAUCGAACCGUGUCUACGUGAAUUGUUUGUUAUUCUGCUGGUGACGUGUGCCGAGAUCACUAUCGUAUUGUGCUAUUUCCAACUCUGCAGUGAGGAUUAUCUUUGGUGGUGGAGAUCUUAUCUCACUUCUGGUUCUUCAGCGGUGUAUCUAUUUAUGUACGCGACUUUUUACUUCUUUACGAAGCUGGAUAUUACAAAGCUUGUUUCGAGUGCGUUGUACUUUGGGUAUAUGCUGAUUGCUUCGUAUGCGUUCUCUGUGCUGACGGGUACGAUUGGGUUCUACGCAUGCUUCAUUUUCACAAGGCUGAUUUAUUCUUCGGUGAAGAUCGAUUGA